UCAACCUCUCAAGCUGCUGCUUGGAAUUGUAGUUUAGACUAAACUGUAAUGAUAACGUUUCAAUUCAUUAGUUGUUUUCUUUAACAUGGUAGGAAAAAAAACGAAGUCUGCAUAUGUGGUUUGAUUAAACGGUUCGAGAAAGAGUCAGUAGCUUCAAAGCUCUUCACAGCAUGAAAACAGCUUUGUGAAAUCUGGGUCUGCUGAAUCACUGUCUCUUUUUGAACAAAGGCUUCAUCUUCUGUGCUCCAUGUCUGCUUCAACUAGCACCUCACUUCCCACGCUUUUUACAGUGCAUUCCUCUGUUGGUGAUAAAGUCACUCUACAAUGUAAAGUCUCUCAUGAAAUAAGGAAAGGUACCAGAGAGAUCAGGUGGUUUAGGGGGACAGAAUGUGUUUAUCAAGAGGACUUUCUGAAGUGGAAGUAUUUUUUUCGGAGAGCCGUGUUUCUUAAACUGAAAGACGUUAAAGUAAUGGAUUCGGGAGAGUACAGGUGUGAAGCUCAUGGAGAAAGAAAAGAAGUAGUUGCUGUUUUUUCUCUUCAUGUUGCAGGGUUUAAACUGGUCUCCAGCUCUUCCGGCUACUCCCAUUAUUUUAAUGGAAAUGAUGCCACUUUCCCCUGCCAUCUGUCUCCAAAAAAGAGUGCUGUUGCCAUGGAGAUCAGGUGGUUUAAGGGGGCAGACUGCAUUUGUGUGUAUCAGAAUGGGCAGGUGAGAGAGGGGAUAGAUUACGAGGGCAGAGUGAGUCUCUUCACCCACGAGCUGAAGGAAGGAAACUUGUCUCUGAUGCUGAGGAAUGUUCAGGAGUCGGAUAAUGGAGAGUAUAAAUGUGAAAUCACCCAUGGAAAAGACAAGGUGGAAAGUGAUCAAAUAUCUCUAUGUGUAAGAGCAUUAUUGAAAGGUUUGCCAGUGAGACAAAGUUUGUCAGUGAGACAAAGUUUGCCAUCGAGAAUAUAUAGUCCCAGCGAAGAAUCAAUUUAUAAUGAAAGCACAUGGAACGAAUCAAGAACAAGAUCAUUAAGUGAUCCAUGUGAUCUUCAGCCCAGAAAACCUGAAAGACGGAGGAGUCACCCGAUAGUCUACCCAAUCAUGUGAAGACAAAGCUUGGGUGAAAAACACCAAGACAGAGAAAGGAAGAUGAUUGCAGUAAAGGACAUUAGAGAGCAUUUACCCAGGAUGGAGAUGAAGAUACCCAGGUUGGAGAUUCCAAUUAGAAUUUUUGUCAAAAUAUAAUCAUAACAAUGCUGUUACCAACUAACUAAUAUCAUCUCGCUAACUAGCCUAUCUCAGUUUUUUUUUAUUUGCCUUAUUACUGUCACUUUGUCAUUGUUACUGUACACAGCUACAGGUAAAGAGUGACGUCACAUCCUGUACUGGUGAACAUCCCAAACUUACACAUGUAUUAAAUGUGAUCCAGCAUGAGAGCUGUGUCUGAUUCUGUCCUUCACUGGCUGUCCAAUCUUAAUAAUCCUGUUUGAUGUUUUCUGAGAGAGAGAUAUAAUUUAAAACUCGUUACAAAGGAGUGUGAUUAUAAAACUAAAUCCGAACCUUAAAAAUCCAGACCAUUUUUGAUCUCUACAGAUUACAAUCUGUAAUCAGAAUGAAUUUAGUCAGACUAAUGAAUGUUAUACCCAAUGUGCACAUUUUCUGCAUGACUUCUAUUUUCACUGUUCCACUGAUAGCGUUGUUGCUAAUGAUUAUGCGUUUUUUUUAUUUUAUUGCAUGUUUGAUUUUAGCUAAAUAUAAAGAUGAGAUAUAAAAUGCCUUUUUUUGUAAUGAAAGCAUUUUCUAUAUAAUAAGGAUAUUUACAUUUACAUAAGUAGAACAAUGCUAUUUAUACAGGGGAUUUAUUGUUCAAUUUUUAA